GAAAUAAAAAUUCAGCCUGGUAGGCGCGGCCCUUCCCCGUAGUACCCCUAGCGGCAGGGGCCAAUAGCUCAACCCCUGAAUCCGGGGGCCAUCUUAAUUUUACCCUCAGUCGCCUCGAUUAGAUGACCGUUGCAUAAAGUUCGUCGUAGUCUUUGUUCGAUUUAAUUAAAAUUGCAAGGGUUGUGCUCAGAUUAUGAGCGAAGCGAAACGCACAGAAAUGUCUGAUAAAAAUAAGAAUAUCCAAGUCUUUGUCCGAGUUCGGCCUGCUAGCUCGCAAGAGAAAGCAACCCGUUCACCCAUUGUGGUUAAAACUCAAACUAGCAACAAGAAAGAAGUGCAGGUGGUUGAGAAGAGUUCGCUAAAAAAAUCUUUCAGCUUUGAUCGGGUCUUUGGAAGCAUUGCAAAGCAAAUUGAUGUCUACAGAGUUGUUGCCGCUCCAUUGGUGAAUGAAGUGCUGGCAGGCUAUAACUGCACUGUAUUUGCAUAUGGACCAACGGGGACAGCAGGCAAAACUUUCACCAUGGAAGGUGAUAGGCGUGACAAAUUGUCAUCUUCAUGCAAGAUAGACUCAUUUUCUGGAAUCAUUCCUAGAACACUGUCAGAUCUGUUCGAUGAAUUGAGGAUUCAAGAAGUUGAUGGUACAGUUCGUGUUUCAUUUAUUGAAAUUUCCAAUGAAGACAUCUAUGAUUUGCUGUCUGGAACUGAUGACACUACAAAACUUUGCUUGUAUGAUGACGCAACCAAGAAGGGCUCAGUCAUUAUCCGAGGCAUGGAGGAGGUAACUGUGCACAACAAUAACGAAGUUUACAGUAUUUUGGCUAAAGGCUCGCUUAAGCGUCAAACAAUAGCCACGCUAAUGAAUGCCCAUUCGAGUCGCUCGCAUACCAUCUUCUCCAUCACUGUUCACAUCAAGGAGAACAACGACGGCGAGGAGCCUAUGAAGAUUGGCAAACUGAACCUGGUCGAUUUGGCCGGGAGUGAGAACAUUGGUCGAUCUGGGGCCGUUGAACGCCGAGCUCGUAAAGCCAGAUAUAUUAAUCAAUCAUUGCUCACACUUGGUCGUGUUAUCACUUCCCUCGUCGAGCGUGCUUCACACAUCCCAUACAGUCAGUCGAAACUGACACACUUGCUUCAGGACUCUCUGGGCGGCCGAACUAAAACGUCUAUCAUCGCCACCAUCUCGCCAGCGGCCGCCAACCUGGAGGAGACUCUAUCAACCCUCGACUACGCCUUCCGAGCCAAGAACAUCACCAACCGACCCGAGGUCAAUCAGAAGCUCACGAAAAAUGCCCUACUCAAGAUUUCAGAACUUGGAGCAGUAGGAGAUGACUCGGAUUUUCCGCGACCUAUUUUUAAUAAAUCUCAAAUUGUUUUCCGCAUGUUUAUCAAAAACAUCACGAUGGCCCUAUUACAUCCAUGGCAAGAGUCAACAUUUUGCUUUUUGUGAAUCAAUUGGCCAAUGUAGUAAUGGACUUCGUUGCACAGGAUCUUUCCACCAGUGGUCUGGUUAUGUCUGCUUUUUUUUUGUGGUCAUUUUGGCGCUUAUUUGCUUGAACCUUGUAGUAGUUUACAUAAACCUUGAUCUCUAUGUUAACAGGCCACGCCUACAUGAUCUAACCUACGCCUGUUACGUUCUUGGCCUAGCUCAUGUUUUUUUUAAAUUGUUCCGUGACUUACUUCUUGGGAGGGGGUGGCUUUAUGCCUUAAUUAAGUUAAUUAAGUAAACCACCCCCAACCGCAGCAGCAACAACAACAGCAACAACCAUGGAGGACCAUGGCAUUCCAAAUGUUGACCUUUUUUUUAAUGUCAUGUUUUUAAUGUUCAAAUUAUCUUUUAGCUGAUAGCUGAAGAGCGUGAUAAAAAGAGGGGAUGUCCGGGAGGGGAAAACGAUGUUGCUUUCUAAUAAAUAGUUCAUUUUUUUAUCACUA